CUUUGUUUUGAUGUUUUUGUAAAAAGAAUUUUCUCGACAAAAAAGUUCCCGCCAUUUCACGUGUUUGAAAAUCGACCAAUCAGAAAACGGACCACUAAGAAACAACCAAUCACAGUUAAUUACGAUAAAAAUUAAUGAGGCGGAAAGGAUAAAAUCAAAACAUGCGUUUACGAAUGUUUUGUCAAAACUAUUGUUACGUCACAAGCAUUGAAUAAUACGGGUGGAAUACGAUUAUUUAUUCAAUGGCUGUUUUUGCUUACGGGUAUAUAAUAAUAAUACUAAUUCAUGCUCGAUAGUAACCAUUCAAAUGUCAUAUAACUUAUAAAGCAGUCGCAUGGGAACUUACUUUAACACUUUUCUUUUCUAUUCCUUGAAUACACGGUAGUUCAUCGUAGUAAUGUUGAUACAACGUUGCAGCAACUUUACUUUAACGAUACUGUAUUACUGGAAACAGUAUGAUUUAUAGUUUUUUUAUUGCAGAUAAAAAUGAAUUUAAAGAGAUUGUUCAUGUCUGGAAACACAACACCAUUACCUUGGAGGCUUCUUACUGCUCUACUACUAGUCAUGGUAUUUGAUACUAUGAAUAUGACAAUGAUAUUUUCAUUCCUACCUAAACUGGUGAAGUCUUUUGGAACAUCAGAAGCUGAUACAGGCUAUUAUGCAGGUAUCAUUGCAUCUUCUAUGGGUAUCGGACAAACAAUCUUCAGUUUAAUCUGGGGAAGCAUUGCAGAUGGUAAAGGGAAAAAAACGACCUUAAUCGCUUCAACAGCAUCAAUGAUGAUUGCUACACUUGCAUUUGGAUUUAGUCGUAGCUUUACUUGGGCAGUUACUACGCGAUUUAUUGUGGGAGCAUCUUUAGGUAUUUCUCUAAUUUCAAAAUCAAUAAUUGCAGAUGUUUGUGACGAUACAAAUAUGGCGUUUGCCAUGACAAUCUUACUUUCGACAGUUUCGGUUGGUUUCAUUAUUGGACCAAGCUUAGCAGGUUUUUUGGCAUUCCCGGCUGAACAAUAUCCAGAUACGUUUUCUCAAGAUUCUGUUUUUGGAAGAUUUGGUAUUCUUCUCCCAAAUUUAGUUCUAGCUAUUGGUUUGGCUAUUGGAAUCAUUCUCAUUGUUUUAUUUAUCCCAAACAAAACCAGGACUAAAAAUGGAGGCACGCCAUUACUAAAUUCUUCAACUCAGACGAAAGAGGAUUUAAUUACUCGCGCGGUUGAAAAUGCUACAGGAGAAAAGAAAAGCUCACAAUACGCCACCUUUAGUUUGCACUCAAAAGAUAAUGCUCAACAACGUGGCUGGAGGACAUGGUUAACGAAGGUUAAAACAUAUAAACUGAUAAAACUAAUUUGCACUAAAGAUUAUGCACGAGUUAAUGUGGUAUAUUUCACUAUUGGUAUGAACGCAUUCGGGAAUCAUGAAAUACUCCCAUUGUUUGCUGCUAGUUCCACUGAAUAUCAUGGUAUGGGCUUCUCUACGUCAAAAAUCGGACUGACGCUUCUAAUGGUGUCGGCGUGCUUCCUGCCAUGUCAAUUGUCGAUCAUACCCAAAAUCAUAAGACGUUAUGGAUCGAGAAAGACCCUCAUCGGAUGUAAUCUUUUGUUAGCAUUUGUAUGUCCAUGGACACCUAUUUUGGUUAAUAUUAUUUCCAACAGAACUGCUGCGUGGAUGGCUGUGGUAGUUGUUUCAUUUUUGCAAAGAUUAUGUAUGGCAACUGUCUUUGUUUCAAUUAAUAUUCUACUUAAUAAUUCAGUUUCACCAGAUCUUUUGGGAUCAGCAAAUGGCUUUUCAAUGAUUUUCCUAUCACUCGGAAGAAUGAUUGCACCACUUAUCGUCGGCAGCACGUAUUCUUGGUCACUGAAAAACAUUCUUGACGUUUCGUCUAAUUAUAAUCCAAUAGGAUUUCCAUUCGAUCAGCAUUUUUCAUUUUAUGUUUUGUCUAUGAUGGCAAUAUUUAAUAGUUUCUUGGCUUCAAAAAUCUCACCUACAUUGGACAAAAAGAAGAUAAUGUCAUCUGUAAUACCGCUGAACAGGGAUGCAGUACGAAAUGCUCCAGAAAGUACACUAUAAGGUCAUGAUGAUAGUGCAAACUUCGCUUUUCAUUACUGGUACUUUAACAAUAAGAAUUCUCGUUUGCCAAGCAUUGAUCAUUAAAAACAAAGCACCAAUUUGGAUUAAUCCUUUUCGUGCUAGGGAAGGGGUAGAAGGGGAGAGGGGCUGGGUUAACUUGGUCUCCCUCUCUUUUUUAAUAACUUUUUAUGUGUUAAUAGUUACUUUAAAUUUUGUGACUUCUCCUAACUUUUAUUUAGAUUUGCUUUCUUAGAAUGUUUUUUUGAUUUAGGUCGAAGUGUUGCCAUGUUAACACUUUUUUAUGUUAAGUAAAAUUCUUAAAAAAAAAUUAUUAAUAAAAAAUGUUUUUACAUGUUUUUAAAAGCUUUAUGUGACUUCUUAGUUUAUAUUGUUAUAUUUUUUGUGUUUCUAUUAUUAUUGUUACCAAACUCAUCGCAUUCAAAACCGGUAACAAAAUUUAAAGUUAGUGCUUCUUUUUUAACAUGUCACUGGCCUUGAUGACGUCAUCACCAAAUAUGCUGACGUCAUCCACAUUUUAUUAGGAAAUUGUUUAUUAUUACCUGGACAACACUUGUGGUAAGUUUUAAGUCCAACGGACAACAAUUGUAGAAAUCACCCCCCCCCCCCCCCCCCUUGAGGAGCCCCUAAAAGGCCCAGCAGGAAUAGGGUUAAGAGCAGUUGUGUUUUUUAUACACACGCAACUUAUUUUUCGGCGCCUAGUUUUAGCGCACGCUUAAUUAUUAUGCUUUUGGGUAAUAUAUAUGAGUAACACCCAAAUGUUUUGGACAAAUUUAAAUAUAGGUGUUUAUGAAACGUCUUUGUAAACAGAUCGUUGUACAUGUCUCUUUACUUUAAAA